AUGAAUAAAUACACUCUUACAUUUAGAUGUGAAUAAUUGGAAUUAAAGUAUCAAGAUUUUCGAUAUCUACAUACACUUCCUAUAUGCAAAUCUUUGAAUCUAGUAAGUUUCUUGAUGUGCUUAUUUCGAAGUAUUACUUUUAUUUUUCAGAAUGAAAUGGUAUGGUUUUUUGUAUUUCUCUCUUUAACAAUCAUAGUUAUGUUAGCUUAAUUCUUAAUUUUUAAUAACAAAAGAAAAUGGGUAGAUUAUUAUUUGCUAAUAAUAAAUCAUUUUUUGAUGCUACAACAAUAAUACGUUGAGGAUGGAUUUGAACCAUAAGAAGCCUUUGUAUAUGGACAAAAUCAAAUGCUAUUAAAUAUAAUGAUAAUCCUAGUUUCUGAUUUUAAGUUUAGUUCAAUAUCGAUUUUGGGCAAUAUAAUAAUAAAGAUAGUAAUAUCAAAAUAUUAUCAGCCAUCAUUAUCUUAUUAAACUAUACUUUAUUCUAUAAUAAUUGGAUUGAUGUUUCUAUAUGCUAUUUUUAAGAUAAAUUAACAAUAUCGAUUGUCAUUUUUAUUUACUACUUAAGACAGCUAAUAAGGUAUUGUUGUAAAUAAUUAUAUUUUAAGAAUAAUUGAUACCUUUAUUAACUGAUAGUCCCUUUGUACUUUGUACAUAUGAUAAAGAUAAUGUGUAAUUUUAAUAAAAAUUCAGUAACCUUUAAAAUCAUCAAGAAUUUAAAUAAUUCUUAACAAAUCAUUAAGCUCUUAAUUUUAUCCUUAGAAAUUAUUCAAUACAUGGACAAACUUUAGAAACAUUUUUGUUGACUAGGCAAAAGAAGUAAGAUGAUUUAAUAGUUAAUAAAAUUUUAGAACUCAAAUCAAACAAUAAUAACCAUGUAUAAAAAAUAUUUAUUCGUUAUUCAGAAUGUUUUAUAACAGAACUAAUUUAUAUAUUGAUAAUUGAUAAGAAAAGAUAAGAGAUUUAAAAUUUAUAAUAAAAAUUAGCUAAUUAUGAAUAAGGUUUGAAUAAAUUUUAAAUUCAUUUUAGAAAUUUCUUAAAGAAACAAAUACUUAUUUUAGAUAAAUCAUUAAAUCAUGAUUAAAAUUCAAUUUAUUAAGCAAUUACUAAGUUGAUGUAUAUAUUUUCAAAGUUUAAAAAUAAAAAGUCUAGUAAAAUUACAAAUUAAUCAUUUUUAUUGAUUUUUUAAAAAUAUGCAAAAUUAUAUUCAUAAGCUUAUGAUUAAAAAUAAAUGAAAAUUGAAUUCUGUUAAGAAAUUAAAGAUAUUUUCACAAUUGAGAAUACUUUAGAUGAAUUUAUGAUCAACUUUUUCACUCAUCUUUUUAAAACAAAAGCAGAUAUAAUCUAAAUACAUCUUUGUAAAUCAUUUUCUUAAUAAAAUGAAUUUAUUGAUAUCAUAAUCAAAGUAGAUGUUAUGUCAGAAUUAUAUAUCUUAUUGUAAAGGAGUACACAUUUUAGAAGAAUUUUAAAAAUGAUAAGUCCUCAUGAUUAUGUAAUAUUAAAUGAUGAUUGUAUAUUUAUAUAAUAUCUUUAGGUUUAAUAGUGAGAUUGUAUAAAAAUAUGAAUGAAAUCAAUCAAUUAAGUCCUUUUUUAAUCAAGUCAGAUUAAAAUAAAUGA